CAAUGGCAAUGACAAUGGUGAUGGCAAUGGCGAUGGCAAUGGCGAACCCAAAAGCAACUCCAACUGGAAAAUGAUUGUUACCAUUGUUGGGGCCAUUUUGGGAUUUAUUGUCGUAGUGCUCGGUAUUUGGUUCGCACACCAGAGGUGGAAACGUGGUAACAACCAAAAAUAUCUGGAAAAUCAAAGAGAAAGGUGGACUCACGCAAAAGAUGAGCUUGGAAUGAGUUGUGCGGAUCUUGACACUAAAACUGGAAUAUCCGAUAAUGAGUUUGGACAAUUGUCGACACGCGAGCAACGAGCUCAUCUCGACGCAAUUGACAAUUUGUUUSAUCAACAAGGGGUGAAGAAAUCAAUAACUUCUUCAUAACAAAUCGCGUAGUGCAAGACACCAAAGACCGCAAAGCACACAAAAAAGACAGGAACAAUUUCAAGCUUUAUGGAAGAAAACCAAAAAAAAAGAAAAGAAAGAGGAAUACUGAGAUUCAGAAAAUGAUGGACGGAGUACGAAGUUCUUAUUUGCGGGAUAUGACAACGGAGGAGCAAAGGGAAGCCCUCGAAAAUAUCCCAGAAAAGUUCAAUGAAGAAUCAAUUCAUUCACAAGCGUCAUACUCUGACUCAGACUAAGACCAUGGCACCACAGUGGUCGCGGCAAAUGAAGGCGACUCACUUCCGGCAUCAUCAAAUGCGCAGUGAAUCAUGGCACUUUUUCAAUUGGCGUACMCAUGCGUGUAUGCGAAAAGUGUGUCGAAACUAUUUAUAAUGUGUGUGAAUGAAUUAGAAAUCAGUA